CGCCACGACACUCUUCUCUCUCCCUCUUCCCCAUCUCCUCCGCCGAUUGCCUCUCUCUUACCAAUGGUGAUGUUCACGAUGACGCGAAAAGAAACCGUCCCCUUCGACGGUCAGAAGCCCGGGACCUCGGGCCUCAGGAAGAAGGUGUCAGUUUUUAAGCAACCUAAUUAUUUGCACAACUUUGUUCAAUCAACAUUCAAUGCCCUCCCUGCUGACAAAGUGAAGGGGGCUACUGUUGUUGUUUCUGGGGAUGGUCGCUAUUUCUCAAAGGAUGCCGUUCAGAUUAUUAUUAAGAUGGCUGCUGCUAAUGGCGUAAGACGAGUUUGGGUCGGCCAAGACAGUCUCCUUUCAACACCAGCAGUUUCCGCUGUCAUUCGAGAAAGAAUUGGUGCGGAUGGAUCAAAGGCAACUGGAGCUUUUAUCUUGACAGCAAGUCACAAUCCAGGAGGUCCACAUGAGGAUUUUGGAAUAAAGUAUAACAUGGAAAAUGGUGGGCCUGCUCCUGAGGUUAUCACUGAUAAGAUCUAUGCCAAUACUAGAAUACUAAAGGAGUACUUCAUUGCAGAAGAUCUUCCUGAUGUUGAUAUUUCUGUUAUAGGUCUAAGCAGCUUUUCUGGACCCGAGGGACCAUUUGAUGUGGAUGUCUUUGAUUCAACCACUGACUAUGUGAAACUUAUGAAGUCAAUUUUUGAUUUUGAAUCCAUCCAGAAGCUACUUUCAUGCCCUAAGUUCACAUUCUGCUAUGAUGCACUUCAUGGUGUUGCUGGAAUAUAUGCAAAGCGUAUUUUUGUUGAGGAACUUCGUGCUAAUCAAUCUUCGCUUUUAAAUUGCACGCCUAAGGAAGACUUUGGAGGUGGCCAUCCAGAUCCUAAUCUCACCUAUGCAAAAGAGUUGGUUGCAAGAAUGGGAUUGGGUAAAUCAAGCUCUCAAAAUGAACCACCUGAGUUUGGUGCUGCUGCUGAUGGUGAUGCAGAUCGCAACAUGAUCCUUGGUAAAAGGUUUUUUGUAACUCCAUCAGAUUCUGUUGCCAUAAUUGCUGCCAAUGCUGUUGAAGCCAUACCAUAUUUUGCCUCUGGUUUGAAAGGGGUUGCCAGGAGUAUGCCAACAUCAGCUGCCCUUGAUGUUGUAGCAAAGAAGUUGAAUCUUAAAUUUUUUGAGGUACCUACAGGUUGGAAAUUUUUUGGGAACUUGAUGGAUGCAGGACUUUGUUCAAUUUGUGGCGAAGAAAGCUUUGGCACAGGCUCAGAUCAUAUUCGUGAAAAGGAUGGAAUUUGGGCAGUUCUAGCUUGGCUUUCUAUUCUUGCUUUCAAGAACAAGGAUAAUCUCAAGGGGCAAAAGCUGGUGACGGUUGAAGAUAUAGUUCUUGGACAUUGGGCCACGUAUGGUCGACACUACUAUACUCGCUAUGACUAUGAGAAUGUUGAUGCUGGGGCGGCUAAGGAACUCAUGGCACAUUUGGUUAAUCUUCAAUCAUCCCUUCCUAACCUUAACAAGUUAGUCAAGGAGAUGAGAUCAGAUGUCUCAGAAGUUGCACAAGCAGACGAAUUUGAAUACAAGGAUCCUGUAGAUGGCUCUGUCUCUAAGCAUCAAGGCAUCCGAUACCUCUUUGUGGAUGGAUCACGACUAGUUUUCCGGCUAUCUGGAACUGGUUCCGAAGGUGCUACCAUCCGGGUCUACAUCGAGCAGUACGAGAACGACUCGUCAAAGACUGGGAGGGAUUCACAAGAAGCCCUUGCUCCACUGGUUGACGUUGCGAUAAAACUAUCAAAGAUGAAAGAAUUCACUGGCCGAUCUGCUCCUACUGUUAUAACAUGAAACAAAAUUGAUCAAUAGCAACACCAAGAACUUGAAGGUGGAGAUCCAUCUUCCUUUUUCUUUCAUCAAUUAUAAUUUUGUACUUGGCUCUACAAAGCAUGAGACAUUACAUGUUUUUGAAAUAAAUUAUGUAUUAAUACAGGUCCAUUAAACUCCAGUGCUGGUCAUUGAAAUCCAUCUUAUAUGCUGA